AAGGGCCCGGAUGGAAGUGCUUCAAGUACAUCGCCAUAUUCUAUACAUCGUGAUGUAAACCAUGUACUGCCUUGUGAAAUUAGAUUUGAAUGAUACACACAUUUGGCGAGUGAGCGGCUAGAAUGACGCAAAUCAUAAAAUAUGACAGAAACACGCGCAGGAAAAUGAUGAAAAGGAAAUCGUGAGCGCGCACGCUGUCUACGUUCGUGCAUGCCCACUCGGUGGAGGUGCCGGGUAUUCAGCAGUGGGCGGUCCAUGUUCACUACCACUGUCACCUACACACACACGGUUGACAGACAGGUGUGCGUCGCCAGGAGCGCACGACCACCGUCUUGCUGGACGCAUCCUGUAUUCUAUAAUUAUUAAAUCAGUAAACCGGCCAUCAUGUUGUGGACAGCCAACCAGUUCAUUAGGAAAUUUUCCACAAGCACGGCAUAUUACCAAAAUAAACUGAGGCUCGCUCUCAUUGGCCAGAGCCUUUUUGGACAGGAAGUGUACACCAACCUACGGAAGCAAGGCCACAAGGUGGUGGGCGUGUUCACCGUUCCAGAUAAGGAUGGGAAGGCGGACCCUCUGGCUGUGAUAGCGGAGAAGGACGGGACGCCCGUGUUUAAGUUCCCGCGCUGGCGUGUGAAGGGGCAGCCAAUCCCGGAGGUGGUGGAUGCCUACAAGGCGGUGGGGGCGGAGCUCAACGUCAUGCCCUUCUGCAGCCAGUUCAUCCCCAUGAACGUCAUCGACCAUCCGACCCACGGCUCCAUCAUCUACCACCCCUCCAUCCUGCCGCUGCACCGCGGAGCCUCCGCCAUCAACUGGACACUGAUCCAGGGGGACAAGAAGGCAGGGUUCUCCAUCUUCUGGGCGGAUGACGGGUUGGACACCGGACCCAUCCUGCUCCAGAGGGAGUGUCCGGUGGAGCCCAACGACACCGUGGACUCCCUGUACAACCGCUUCCUCUUCCCCGAGGGGAUCAAAGCCAUGGUGGAGGCGGUGCAGCUGAUAGCCGAUGGGAAAGCCCCCCGGGUCCCGCAGACAGAGGACGGCAUAAGGGAGGGAGGGGUCACUCAAGUUCAAGGCGUCUGUGGUCUCCUACAGGUCAACCUCGCUCAGCCUGCGGAGGUCAUCCACAACUGGAUCCGUGGCCACGACAAAGUCCCCGGGGCCUGGACCCUCAUCAACGGAGAGCCGGUGACCUUGUACGGCUCGUCACUGCUGAGCGGGACGGUUCCUGCGGGCCAACCUCUGGAGAUCGAGGGGGCGUCCAAACCAGGCCUGAUCACCAGCAGCGGCCUGGUCCUGUUCGGUUCUGACGACAAAACGCUCCUGGUGAAAAACCUGCAGUUUGAGGACGGAAAGAUGAUCCCAGCCGCCAAGUACUUCUCCUCGGGGGAGACGACCAGCGUGGAGCUGACGGACGAGGAGAAGAAGAUGGCGGAGGACAUACGUGCUAUCUGGCAAGGAAUUUUGAGCAAUGUUCCAAAAAUUGAGGACACAACGGAUUUCUUCAAAUCAGGAGCUGCAUCCAUGGAUGUGGUCAGGCUCGUGGAGGAGAUUAAGCAGAAGUGUGCGGGGGUGGAGCUGCAGAACGAGGACGUGUACAUGGCCACUUCCUUUCACCACUUCAUUCAGCUGUUUGUCCGGCGGCUGCGGGGGGAGGACCAGGAGGAGGAGCUAAUCAUCGACUAUGCAACUAAAGACGUCAACAACAUGACUGUGAAGAUGCCUCACCAGUGCUUUAUCAACGGGAAGUUUGAGGACGCAGAGAGCGGAAAGACCUACGACACGGUCAACCCCACGGACGGCUCGGUGAUCUGCAAGGUGUCGUACUCGUCGGUGGCAGACGUGGACAGAGCGGUGUCGGCAGCCAAGGAAGCCUUCGAGACCGGGCCCUGGGGCAAGAUGAACCCCCGCGACAGAGGCAGACUGCUAUACAGGUUAGCCGACGAGAUGGAGCAACACCAGGAGGAGCUGGCCACCAUCGAGGCCAUCGACUCGGGCGCCGUCUACACGCUGGCCCUCAAGACCCACGUGGGCAUGUCCAUCCAGACCUUCCGAUACUUCGCCGGCUGGUGCGACAAGAUCCAGGGCACGACGAUACCCAUUAACCAGGCCAGGCCCAACCACAACCUAACCUUCACCAAGAAGGAACCACUAGGAGUGUGUGCCAUCGUUAUACCCUGGAACUACCCUCUGAUGAUGCUUGCCUGGAAAAGUGCGGCCUGUCUGGCAGCUGGGAACACGCUGGUCCUGAAACCUGCUCAGGUGACCCCGCUGACGGCGCUGAAGUUCGCAGAACUGACGGUCAGGGCCGGCAUUCCCAAGGGCGUGAUCAACAUCGUGCCGGGCUCAGGCGGCCUGGUGGGCCAGCGCAUGUCCGACCACCCUGACAUCCGCAAGCUGGGCUUCACAGGCUCCACCCCCAUCGGCAAGCAGAUCAUGAAGAGCUGUGCGGUCAGUAACCUGAAGAAGGUUUCCCUGGAGCUAGGGGGGAAGUCUCCUCUCAUCAUCUUCGGCGACUGUGACAUGGACAAGGCCGUGCGCAUGGGCAUGAGCUCCGUGUUCUUCAACAAGGGAGAGAACUGCAUCGCGGCCGGCCGGCUGUUCGUGGAGGAGUCCGUCCACGACGAGUACAUCACCCGAGUGGUGGAAGAGAUCAAGAAGAUGAAGAUAGGCGACCCGCUGGACCGCUCCACAGACCACGGGCCGCAGAACCACCGGGCUCACCUGGAGAAGCUGCUGGAGUACUGCGAGAUCGGGAGGAAGGAGGGGGCCACGCUGGUCUACGGGGGACAGCGGGUCGACAGGCCAGGCUAUUUCAUGGAACCCACAGUGUUCAGCGGUGUGGAGGAUCACAUGUUCAUCGCCAAAGAGGAGUCAUUCGGGCCAGUCAUGGUCAUAUCAAAGUUCAAAGACGGGGACGUAGACGGAGUCCUGGCCCGGGCCAAUGACACGGAGUUCGGCCUGGCGUCCGGGGUGUUCACGCGUGACAUCACAAAGGCCAUGUACGUGAGCGACAGGCUGGAGGCCGGCACCGUGUUCAUCAACACCUACAACAAGACCGACGUGGCCUCGCCCUUCGGGGGCUUCAAACAGUCUGGCUUCGGCAAGGACCUCGGAGAGGAAGCCCUUCACGAAUACCUCAGGACCAAAGCCGUGACUGUGGAAUACUGAGCGCAGAUCCCUGCCAGACUCAAUUAAUCAAUGCCAUCCGCUGCAGCGAUGGCCGCCAAGCAAACAUUCAAAUCAGUGUUCACACCCCCCCCAACCCUACACCCCCCCCCCCCAACCUUACCCCCUCCCAACCCUACCCCCCCGCGGGCUUCGCUCAGAGCAAGAUGGCCAAAGGGACGAGGACUGCUCUGCUGCCACUGCUGCACCCUGCCUGCACUUCAUACAGAAACUUGUGUGUGUGUGUGUGUGUGUGUGUGUGUGUGUGUGAGGGACACAGCCGGCUCCUUUGCAGACUGAAGGACAGAGCACGCAUCAAAACACGGAGCGGAUCUCCAUCACCAGGACCGGACUCAAACCACACACCCCGCCCCGUCUGAACUGACACUUCCCAGAACAUUUGGAACAGAUUCUGCACAACAGGCAUUUCCACGUGGGAAUGUAAUAGAAAUAUAUAUUUUUUACAGCCAUUUUUAAUUUAGCAAAAAAACAAAUUUUAAGGUGAUAUUUAUUUCAACUAAAGCGAGUAGGUUUGAUAUCCCUCCCUGCUCAACAUAAUCUUGCAGGAUUCAACUCCUCGUCCAAAUUAGAUGUAUUAUUCAGCAUGGUGUUCCAGGCUGCUUGGAACUGUACAACAUAUCAAAGUUAGUUUCUAUAAAAUACUUUAUUUUAAAAAGCCAUUUUGUAUGCGUUAAUUGUGCAUUGUUCUGCAAGCAAGGGAGCAUAGCCACUUUGGAAAUGCCCUUGGCAAACAUUUGAAAAUGAAAAAGGAAACAGGCAAAGUAUAAAUUUGGUUAUAAAUAUACAAAAACACUAUAUGGCCAAAAGUACAUGGACACCAUUUGGUCUGGGGUUUUUCAUGGUUUGGGUAAGGCCCCUUGGUUCCUGUGCAGGUUCCUGACAUUCUAGAGGAUUCUGUACUUUCAACUUGGUGCCAACAGCUUGGGGAAGGCCCUUUCCUGUUUCAGCAUGCCAAUGCCCCCGGGCACACAGAUAGGUCCAUAUAGAAAUGGUUUUGUGGAGAUUGGUAUUAGAACUUGACUAGCCAACGAGCCCUGACCUAAACCCCAUCCAACAUCUUUGGGAUCAAUUGGAAAGCCAACUGUGAGCCAGGCCUAAUCGCCCAAUCAGUGCCUGACUUCAUUAAUGCUCUUCUGGCUGAAUGGAAGCAAAUCCCUGCAGCAAUGCUCCAACAUCUAGUAUAAAGCCUUCCCAGAAAAGUGGAUGUUGUUAUAGAAGCAAAGGGUGUACCUACUCCAUAUCAAUGCCCAUAAUAUUGGAUGUGAUGUUGGAUGCCACAUACUUUUGGCCAUGUAGUUAAACACAUAAAAUGCUAAACCUCAUGUCAGGUUUCCUUCUGUAUCCAAGACUACUCACCAGUACUGUGCUGUUUUCAGAAACACUCUUGUACACCAUCAGAAUUCUGUCUUAUGUGAAUUGAACAUCCUACAUUCUGAAAUAUCACAGAUUUU